AUGGCCUUGUCCCCGUCCGGCCCUCACGGCCUAGUCCGCACCGCCACCUCCGUCCUCGCCGCCUUCGCCGUGAUCCUCUCCGGGCUUGGCAACCACCGCGCCGCCGCCGCCCCGGCUCCCGUAUCGGCCGGAUCCCCGUCCGGCCACCACCACCAAUCCCUCGACACCCGGCAGGCCAACAUUGGCAAGCCCGUCGCCUUCUUCCUCGCCGGCGACUCCACCACGGCGGCCCAGUCCUCCACGGGAGGAGGCUGGGGCCCGGGCUUCCUCUCGACCCUCGACACGACCCGCGGCGCCACGGGCCGCAACUUCGCAAAGGACGGCGCCACCACCGUCUCGUUUGUGGCCGACGGCCUCUGGGCGCAGCUCACGUCCUCGGCGCGGCUCGCCGUCGCCGAGGGCCGCGACACCUUUGUCACGAUCCAGUUUGGCCACAACGACAAGAACCCAGCCAAGGGCAUCUCGCUCGACGCAUACCAGGCCAACCUGGCCCGCAUGGCCGGCGACGUCGCCGCCCUCGGCGCCACCCCGAUCCUCGUCACCCCGCUGACCAAGCGCCUCUUUGACACUAAUACCACACCCCCACGUGUCGACGACGAUCUGGCCUGGCAGCAGAACCGCACGCUCGUCGCCGCCGUCCAGGGCGGGUUCCCUUUUGUCGACCUGCACCGCCGCAGCAUGGACUAUGUCAACGCCAUCGGGCCCGCCAGUGCCGCGGCGUACAGCCGCGUGCCGGGGGACAAUGUGCACAUCAAUGCGAGAGGCAGUGUCGUGUUCGGCAGGCUCGUGGCGGAUCUCGUGUCCAAGAACCUGCCGAGGACGGGCGCGUGGAUUAAAAAAGAUGCAGAGUUGACGGGCAAGAUUCAGGCUGGCGUGCCGGCUUGA